AUCGGGAAAAUCAUGUGAUCAUAAACUGUCGUUCAUUCACAGCCAUUUUUGACUAUAUUUAUUUUAAGAAAAUUCAAUCCAUCGGCAUCCUUGUACUAGACACGUUCAAGGAGGUGUGGCAUAGAACAUCGUGAUCAGGAGUUGGCUGGCAAUAUAUAUUUAUUAAAUCUUUCUAGCCAAAAUGGCAGUAGGGGAGCUGAGUGCCUUGGAGAAAUGCUUGGGCUUAAAAGAAGGAAAGUACAGCACCCGAACCCAGGGGAAUGUUCAGAUUCCUGUUCUUCAAACCAACAACGGCCCCAGUUUAGCAGGACUCGCUACAAUUGCUUCUCAUUUAGUUAGAGAAGCAAAAAAAGAGGAAUUCCUUGGAACUUCUAUAGAGGAAAAGGCAAUAGUACAGCAAUGGUUGGAGUACAGAAUUACACGCAUAGACAGGCUGUCCUCAAAAGAAGACAUAAGAAAUAUAUUGAAGGAUCUUAACUUGUAUCUGGAAGACAAAGUGUAUUUGGCUGGAAACAAGAUCACAUUGGCAGAUGUGUUAAUUUAUUAUGGCCUACACCCAACAAUAGCUGAUCUUUCCGUCCAAGAAAAGGAAAUCUACAUUAAUGUGUCUCGUUGGUUCAGUCAUAUCCAGCACUACCCAGGGAUACGGCAGCAUCUUCCCAGCUUGGUCUUCAUUAAGAAUAGAAUCUACACUAACAUUCAUUAGGAUGCUGAAUUGAUACUAUAGUGUUAAUGUAAUAUAAUAGUAUUAGCAUUCGGAAGCUCAACAAAUUCUCAAUUCUGGCUGUUACCUGCUUUUUCAGCAAAGUGCCACACCACUCUCUAGUAGCCAAAAGUUUUUUUGAUUUUUUUAAUGUAUUUAUUGCAACUGUUUAUGAGAUCUUUGUCUAUUUGAAAUUUGUUUUAUUUUAAUUUGGUAACAUGUUUUAUUUAUAAUACUUUACGUACAUUGUGAAACACAAAAUAAGGACUUUUUUUUUUAUCAUGUUCCUAUUGCAUAAUACACUGUGUCAGUGGAGUAAAAUGAGACUGUGCUACCAUAUCUAACAUUUAACAAAUGAAUGAGGGAAUAUUAAACACACAUUUAAUGAAACAAGCCUUUCAAGACUCAUUACCAGUGGCAAGUUCACCUUUUUGUAUAUAGGGUUGUCUGUAUAGAUGUGUUGGAAAAAAUAUGCACUCACUGCUCAGCAUUGCUGAAACUGAUAUACCCAUUAAAAUACAGGUAUUUGUGGGAUAUAUAAUAAAUCCAAUGGAAUACACCGAUUUGGUGACUUGUACUGAUGUGAUGAGGAACCAACACAAUUCAUGUGCUCGUGUUCAUUAUGCAUACUGAACUGCCAAAUAAAGGAAUCUUACUGCACAGUG